AUGACUAUUUUGAUUGUGAAUGAUGAAGAUUAUUUGAAAUCAAUUGAAAUUAAAGAAACUGAUUAAGCAUAAGAAGUGGCAAUCCGAUCUGAUUGGAUUGGAGGAUAAAUAAUAAAUACAGAGUUAUCUUUAUAGGCAAUGAAUGAUGAUAUAACUCUUUUACCUUUCGUUAGCUAAGAUAUGGGUGUCCUGAUGGAUUACUAUAUAUAUGACGUAGCUAAACCUUUUGCUGUUACAUUUUUAUAAGCUUCAAAUACAGUGCUGUCAUUUAAGGGAAAUGACCUAAAGAAUGCCCAACCUCUCUUACCAAAAUUAUCAGAUCAAUAUAAAUGCUAUAGAUUAGAAGCUGAUAUCACAAGACUCUAUUCCCUUUGUAAUAAUGGAGUUGAAGAUUAAAUAUAGGUUGCUAGUUGUAAUGAUAAAUAAGAAUGUAAAAGAGAAAAUGCUUUCAUUUCUGCUCCAUUUGCUACUUAAAUUAUAGCAUUAAAUUAAGAUGUUGUUGCAGUUCUACAUACUGAUUCAUUGAAUCCUGAAAAUUAUGAUGGAUACAUUACAAUUCAUAAAUUAUAAUCAAUCGAUGGAAUUUGGUCAUCUACUUUAUUGUUUACUAUUGAUUAUCAAUUCAUCUAAUCUAAAUUAGGACAAUAAGCACCUAAAUAAUUUAGACCAUCCUCAUUUGUUCAUUCACCAACAGGAAAUAAUGCUUCUCUAUUUUAUUUAUAAUUGAUUAUCACAGAUAGUGUAAAUGGUUUAUUGUUUGUUGAUUUAACUCUUUCAAAGACUACUUCAGAAGUCAAAUAUUAGUUUUUGGAAUAUCAGCUUUUGAAAGACUGGCUAAAUGUAGAGCAAUAUGCAAGUGAUGAUACACAUUACUAUUAAGCUUAAAUAAUUACUCAACAAAUUGACUAUCCAAUUAAAAAAACUGUGAAGUUGGUUCUUGUUACUGAUAUUUCGUCAUCAUAUGUGUUUGAAUUAACUUUUGCUAUAUAAGCUAAUGUGUCAAAUAAAUUAAGUUAAAUUAGAACAAUUUUUAAUUUGAAUAGAUAUGGUAAUUUCAAGACUUUGAACUAUGUAUCAGCUUCAUCAUCUUCAAUAGCAAUACCUUAUGUCAAAAAUUUAGAGGUUGUCAUUGGAGUUUACAAGAUUCCAACUGAUUAAGAAAAUGCAUAUGUAUAAACUAUUUAAGGUUCUCAUACCUUUGCAACCUUUAAAAAAUAAAUCACACCUCAAGAUUUCUUAAUUUACAACUCAGAUGAAUUAUUCUUGACAAGUACUUCUACAGUUGGAGUCUAUUAAAAUUAAGUUAGAUAUCAAUAAAUAUUGAAAUUUGGGGAGCCAAAGAAAUUGCAUACAUAGAAACUAACGUUAACAUUUUAGAACGAUUUUAGAAGAGUCGUCAGAACUAUCAAUUUAUCAAUUAUCCCUGUGGAUUAAGAUGAAUGUUAAAGCAAGGUUACCGAUCUAAAGAUUUAUCCUUCAUAAGGAGAAGUUCUGUAAUGGUAAUUAACUUAAAACCUAUUUGAUGGUGUCUCUCUAAAAUAUAGUGUAGACACGACUGAUUUUUCAGUAGUUUAAGCAAUAUCAUAAAUAGGAGAAUCUAUAAAUCAUAAACAAGGUGCAACAUAAAUAGUAUCAGCUAAAGCAUUAGUCACAUAGAAUAGAGCAUGGUCUAACCAAUUUGGAUUUUUAAAUAAGGAUGGUUCUAAAUAUUCCAUUUUUUAUACAGAUACUGCAACUAUAAAUAAGGCUCCAUCAUUCAAUCAAAUUGUUAACAUUAAAAAGACAGAUGCCAAUCUUAAUUGCUUAGAUUUUGUUUAAUUAUCAACUAACACAUUUGUUGUUGAUUGUUAAAUCUAAAAUAAUAAAUUCUUAUUAUUAAUUAAAGGAACUGAAGAAAUUUAAACACCAACAAUUACUAAUUCUUAAUUAUAAAGAGCAAUCGGCACUUUCCAGGUUAAAACUAAUUAAUUUGUUAUCAGAGUUACUUUAUCCAUUACAAAUGAAGGUUCAUUAGCUAAUGAUUCAUUUAUUGAAUUAUUCUAAUAUGUAAAUGGUCAACUAUAAGCCAAAUAAACACUUGAUAAAAGUACAUUGUCUAAGAUUUCUGGAAAAUAAAUAAAUUAAUUGAAUAUUGUUGAUUUCCAAAUUGGAUUGAAUGGAUACUUCUAUUUAUUAGAUGCUAAAUUGGGCAUCAUUAGUGGAGAUAUUAAAAGUGGAUAACAUUUAAAUUUGGUCAAGCAUUUUCAUUUGCAAGAACCUUUACUUAAAAACGAAAAAGGGAAGCAUUCCGUUGUUUAAGGAUUCAAUUAUUAUGUUUAGGAUUUAUAAUUCAAUUCCAUCACCUAUCCUUAAUCCAUUUAAGCAAGCUCAAACUAUAUAUAUGUUAAGAAUUCGAUCUCCUUAUUUGUUUAUCAUUCUGAUGAUAACAAUAGUGGCUUAAUUGAUAUUAUUGAUUUAACAAAUGGUGCGUUAAUUGUCAACCCCUUCAUUCAAGAAAUUGUGACAGUGUCUUUGAAGGCAUCAGCUAGAUGGAAUGUUAGCUUGGGAUCAUUAAAAUUCAGUGGAGUCAGUCCAGCAACUUAAGAAUUCAAAGAUUUAACAAUUACAGCUACAUCUUAACAUAAUCUUUAAUGCUCCACUAAGAUUCAGUACCAAGUAAUUGAAAGCAGCAGCAAAGUUCCAAUCAGGAAAAAUAAAUCCAAUUAGCCAUUCCCUUAAGUUUUCGAUGAACUAUUUGAAUAAUUCUAAAUGGGCAAUAUUCUAUCAGGACCUAAUCUUGAGUACGGCCUUACCUUGCCAUAAAUGCCUUUAGAUUUCAGUGCUUAGGUUGCAUAAAACAGAUAGAUUUAAGUUAUUGAUUGGCCUAAAUCUCCUAUAUACAGCACUGAAUUAGUAGCAAACGAUAGAGAAACCUUAUUCUAGAUCUUCCAAACUUAAGAUAAGAAGUUAACAAUUUAACUUUGUGUUUUGACUGAUCAUGUUAAAUAUGUUUGUAAAGAUUAUGGAAAUGUUUAACUUUAAGAACCAAUAUCUGAAUAAUUAUUUAGCAUAUGGUAAGAUAAUGAUAAUGUAGUGAGAUUUAUAACCAUAUCAUCCUUAUAUAAAGUGACAGCUUAUUCAGAUGCUGAAGGAGUUAUAAUAGAAGAGACAUCAGUCUCAUUUACAUAACAAGAGGGUUAAUAAAUAUUAAGUAUUUUAAAUUAAGGAGAUUACUUGUUUAUUUUAUAAAAGAAUGGCGUUUUAAGUAGUUAUUGGAGUAGUUAAUUCUCAUUUGUGAAUAGUAUAACUGGAAAUGAUUUGAUUGGAUAUGGUGGAUAAUGGAAGCCAUUAAAAUUAUAUGGUAAUAGAAUGAUAAAGUCAAACAUUGUAUUUGUUCAAAAUGAAAAUAACAUUGCCAUUAUCAAUUACAUCAAUACAGAAUUCAUAUUCAUUUAAUCUAUGGAUUAUACUUAAAAUAAUUAAAUCUAUAUUUCAGCUGCUAAGAAUUCAUUCUUUUUAGUUAACAAUAAAGAAAUACUUGAAUACAAUUAUUAAAACUUAUUAAAUAUUUUCAAAGCAAAGACAGUGCAAUUGUUUGAAUACUCAAUUGCAAGUCCAUUAGUUGUAACAUCUUAACUCUCAACUGGUAAUCUAGUAAUUAAAACUACUAAAGCAUAAGAUGUUUAUUUAAAUAUUUAUAGACCUUCAUUAACACAACAUGAUACAUUCUAUUUAUCAUUUAAAUUAAACGGAAUUAAAUCGGAUGACUAAUUUUAAUUAUCAUUAGGAGGAUCUCUCUACAUUAUAACUUUUGCUAAUGGAUAAAAAAUUUAAUAAUUAAACUUUAUCCUACUCAACCCUGAGUUAGUUAUUAUACCAAUAAAAAAACUUUAAAAGUUUGUUUCAAACUUCUUGAUUGUUAUGGAUAUCAUGAAUGGGGAUGACAAAACAUAAAAAGUACAUUAUGAAUAGAAUGUAAAAGUAGCAAAUACUAUGACUAAUUUAAUUGUGAAUGAUGAAGAUUAUUUGAAGUCGAUUGAAAUUAACGAAACUGAUUAAGCAUAAGAAGUGGCAAUCCGAUCUGAUUGGAUUGGAGGAUAAAUAAUAAAUACAGAGUUAUCUUUAUAGGCAAUGAAUGAUGAUAUAACUCUUUUACCUUUCGUUAGCUAAGAUAUGGGUGUCCUAAUGGAUUACUAUAUAUAUGAUGUAGCUAAACCUUUUGCUGUUACAUUUUUAUAAGCUUCAAAUACAGUGCUGUCAUUUAAGGGAAAUGACCUAAAGAAUGCCCAACCUCUCUUACCAAAAUUAUCAGAUCAAUAUAAAUGCUAUAGAUUAGAAGCUGAUAUCACAAGACUCUAUUCCCUUUGUAAUAAUGGAGUUGAAGAUUAAAUAUAGGUUGCUAGUUGUAAUGAUAAAUAAGAAUGUAAAAGAGAAAAUGCUUUCAUUUCUGCUCCAUUUGCUACUUAAAUUAUAGCAUUAAAUUAAGAUGUUGUUGCAGUUCUACAUACUGAUUCAUUGAAUCCUGAAAAUUAUGAUGGAUACAUUACAAUUCAUAAAUUAUAAUCAAUCGAUGGAAUUUGGUCAUCUACUUUAUUGUUUACUAUUGAUUAUCAAUUCAUCUAAUCUAAAUUAGGACAAUAAGCACCUAAAUAAUUUAGACCAUCCUCAUUUGUUCAUUCACCAACAGGAAAUAAUGCUUCUCUAUUUUAUUUAUAAUUGAUUAUCACAGAUAGUGUAAAUGGUUUAUUGUUUGUUGAUUUAACUCUUUCAAAGACUACUUCAGAAGUCAAAUAUUAGUUUUUGGAAUAUCAGCUUUUGAAAGACUGGCUAAAUGUAGAGCAAUAUGCAAGUGAUGAUACACAUUACUAUUAAGCUUAAAUAAUUACUCAACAAAUUGACUAUCCAAUCAAAAAAACUGUGAAGUUGGUUCUUGUUACUGAUAUUUCAUCAUCAUAUGUGUUUGAAUUAACUUUUGCUAUAUAAGCUAAUGUGUCAAAUAAAUUAAGUUAAAUUAAAACAAUUUUUAAUUUGAAUAGAUAUGGUAAUUUCAAGACUUUGAACUAUGUAUCAGCUUCAUCAUCUUCAAUAGCAAUUCCUUAUGUCAAAAAUUUAGAGGUUGUCAUUGGAGUUUACAAGAUUCCAACUGAUUAAGAGAAUGCAUAUGUAUAAACUAUUCAAGGUUCUCAUACCUUUGCAACCUUUAAAAAAUAAAUCACACCUCAAGAUUUCUUAAUUUACAACUCAGAUGAAUUAUUUUUGACAAGUACUUCUACAGUUGGAGUCUAUUAAAAUUAAGUUAGAUAUCAAUAAAUAUUGAAAUUUGGGGAGCCAAAGAAAUUGCAUACUUAGAAACUAACUCUAACAUUUUAGAACGAUUUUAGAAGAGUCGUCAGAACUAUAAAUUUAUCAAUUAUCCCUGUAGAUAAAGACGAAUGUAGAACCAAGGUUACCGAUCUAAAGAUUUAUCCUUCAUAAGGAGAAGUUCUGUAAUGGUCAUUAACUUAAAACUUAUUUGAUGGGACACAACUGAUUUUUCAGUAUUUUAAGCAAUAUAAUAAAUAGGAGAAUCUAUAAAUUCAUAAACAAGGUGCAACAUAAAUAGUAUCAGCUAAAGCAUUAGUCACAUAGAAUAGAGCAUGGUCUAACCAAUUUGGAUUUUUAAAUAAGGAUGGUUCUAAAUAUUCCAUUUUUUAUACAGAUACUGCAUCUAUAAAUAAGGCUCCAUCAUUCAAUCAAAUUGUUAACAUUAAAAAGACAGAUGCCAAUCUUAGUUGCUUAGAUUUUGUUUAAUUAUCAACUACCACUUUUGUUGUUGAUUGUUAAAUCUAAAAUAACAAACUCUUAUUAUUAAUUAAAGGAACUGAAGAAACAUAAACUGUUUUAGUUGACAAUAACUCUUUGAACAGAGUGUUGGGUACAUACAAAUUGAAGGAUGAUCAUUAUGUUGUCAGAGUUUCAUUGUCAAUUAAUGCUGAAGGUUAAUUAGCCAAUAAUUCAUUUGUUGAAUUAUUCGCACUUACAAAUGAUGGCUUAGUUAGUAAAACAACUUUAGAUAAAACCAAAUUAUCUAAUAUUUCUGGUAAAUAGAUAAAUUAAUUGAAUAUUGUUGAUUUCUAAAUUGGAUUGAAUGGGUAAAUUUAUUUAUUAGAUGCUAAAUUGGGCAUCUUUGUUGUCUUUUUUGAUACUGAUUGGAAGUUUUCUAGAUUUAUUGGAUUUAAUUUUGGCCAAAGUUUUGCUUUUGAUAGAACUGUAUUUAGCAACAGCGAGGAAAUGUUUGUAAUAAAGGGUUAUAAUUACUAUGGAAUCAUAAAUUAUGAAGGUAAAGUUCAAAAAGUAUAGGAUCUGCCAUUUGCUAGUUUGACUUAUCCUCAAUAUAUUAAGUCAAGUGAGAAAUAUGUGUUUUUGCAUAAUCAAGGAAGUCUAUACAUUUAUCAUUUCGAUGAUGAGAACAGCAGUUUAAUAGAUAUUGUAAAUGUGUCAAAUGGAGCUGGAAUCGUAAAUCCAAACAGUCAAGAUAUUGUUACACUUUCUCUCACAUCUUCUUCAGCUUGGACCUUCGGUUUGGGAUUAUUGAGAUUCAAUGGAAAUGCCUAAGCAAGUGCUAAUUUCAAAGCUGUCACAAUUCAAGCCAAAUCUCAACACAAUUAAGUUUGUUAUUCAAGAAUAUACUAUCAAGUAUUGGCUGGAAAUAGUGAGACAAUCUACAAAAAGGUUGAUACUGAAACUCCUUUCCCAAAGGUUUUAGAUGAAAACGACGAACAAAUAACAUUAGGAAGUUUGGUGUCAGGUCCUAAUUUGAUUUAUGAGAUUGUUCAACCUAAAUCACCAUAGAAUUCCAACAAUUUCUUGAACUUAUCUGCAGAGCCAGACUUGGAUGUCUUUGCCCAGAUUGCCCAUUAGAGAACAAUAAAAGUGACCAACUGGCCAAAAAAACCAUUGUAUUAGACAUCUUUGGUUGACAUUAAUUAAGAAACCCUAUACUAAGUAUUCUAGCAAGAGGAUAAGAAAGUUGUUAUUUAAGAUUGUGAGUUAACUGAUCACGUUAGAUAUGAAUGUAAAGACUAAGGAAAUGUGUAAGUGAAAGAACAGUUAUCAGAUUAGCUUUUCAGUAUUUGGUAGGAUAGUGAGAAAACAGUUCAUUUCAUCUUAUUAGAAACACCAUUUAUAAUUAAAUUCUUCAAAAUUAAAAAUAGGGUUACUGUUUUGUAUGGAACAAUCAAAUUAAAUGAAAAUGAAGAGAAGGAUGAACUCAAAGCAGUAGCAUUCUAGAAUCAAGGUAACUUUUUGUUUGUGAUUUAAUAAAAUGGGGAUUUGUCCUCUUAUUCCACAGAGAAGUUUACUUUGAUCAAUAAAGUAACAGGAGCAACUUUGAUUGGAUUUUAAGGAGAUUGGAAACCUAUAAAGUUAUAUGGCAAUAGAGUCCUAAGAUAAAAUGUGAUCUUUGUUCAAAAUGAGAACAAUGUUGCUAUUAUCAAUUACAGCAACCAAGAAUUCAUUUACGGAUCGAAGGUGGAUUAUACAAAGGGCAAUUAAAUAUACAUAACUUCAUCAACUAAUUCCUUCUUCUUUGUGAAUAACAAAGAAUUGAGUGAAUACAAUUAUGAAAAAAUUAAUAAUGUUUUCAAGCAGAAGACUGUAGAAUUAUUUGGAUAUUAAAUUGUCAAUCCUUUAGGUGUCUCAUCACAUUUAUAAACUGGUAUUUUAGUAAUAAGAACCACCAAAAAUGAUAAUGUAUAUUUGAACAUUUACAAACCAGGAUUAUUACAACAUGACACCUUUUAUUUGGCUGUUAAAAUCAAUGCUAAAGUUGAUGAUACCUUUGCAGUAUCUGCAAGUGGAUCAGACCCAAUUGGAUCAGCCUAUAUACUUACAUUAGCCAACGGUGAAACAGUUUAAUAAUUAGAUUUUAUUGUACUUGAUCCACAAUUGAUUCUCAUUCCUAACAAAUAGAAACAAAAAUAUCUAACUGAUUACGAAAUUUCAAUUAAUGUUAAGAAUGCUGAUUCCUUAAAUAAUUUACUUCCAUUUAAAUAAACAGUUAAAGUGAUCAAUACAUUCACAAACUUGAUCGUUGAUGACAAAAAAUCCACUUAAUCAAUUGAUAUUGAACCUUUACAAAAUUCAACUACUAUUAAAUUAGAUAAUGAUUGGAUUAGUGGAUAAGAACCCUAUUGUACAUUGCUAUAACAAAAAACUAAUAAUAUCUUCUUAUAAUCAUAUCUACAUUAAACGAAAAAUUAUGUUCUUUAGAAUUACUAUUUCAAAGACACCUCAGCCUUCUAAAACAAUGUAGUUCUUUAAGCAACAAAAACAGUUCUUUUGAUGAAGGACAAUAAAUUAGAAGAAAGCAAACCAAUUCUUGAUGCUUUAGGCGAAGAAUAUGAUUGUUUCAGAAUAACAUCUUAUGAAAAGUCCCUCUAUUCCCUUUGUAAUAAUGGAGUUGAAGAUUAAAUAUUGGUUGCUAAUUGUAAUGAUAAAUAAGAAUGUAAGAGAGAAAAUGCUUUCAUUUCUGCACCAUCUGCUACUUAAAUUAUAGCUUUGGCUUAAGAUGUUGUUGCAGUUCUUCAUACUGAUUCAUUGAAUCCUGAAAAUUAUGAUGGAUAUAUUACAAUUCAUAAAUUAUAAUCAAUGGAUGGAAUUUGGUCAUCUACUUUAUUGUUUACCAUUGAUUAUCAAUUCAUUUAAUCUAAAUUAGGACAAUAAACACCUAAAUAAUUUAGACCAUCCUCAUUUGUUCAUUCAGUGACUCAUUCUGAGGAAAACUCAUUUGCAGUUUAAUUCAUUAUUUCUGAUAGCGUAAAUGGAUUGUUAUUUGUUGAUGUCAGCAUUACAAAAGCUACCUCUGAAACCAAAUUUAUAUACAUUGAGUAUUUGUUACUUAACAAAUGGUUAAAUGAAAAUAAGCAAUAUGCAAAUGAUUAGACCCAUUAUUAUUCUAAUAAGAUUAUAGAUGAAUCAAUUAAGGAUAAAACUAAGAGUGUCACCAUAGUGGUUGUUACUGAUAAUGCAUCAUCUUAUGUUUUCACUCUGUAAUUUGCUAUUUCUGACAACCAUUCAAAUAAGUUGACCGAUACUAAAGUCAAAGUGGCACUAAAUAGAUACGGAACAUGGAAAGCUUUAAAUACUGUGGCUGCUAAUAAGGAAUCAGUUAUUGUGUCAUUUAUAAAUAAAUCGAAAGUUGUUGUUGGUGUUUAUCACAUUACAGAUAGUGCUGUUUCUGUGAUAAGAGGUUCCUUUUCAUUUACCAUUGGAACAUAGAAACUGGAACCAAGUGAUUUCCCACUUCAUUUACAAGGCUCAACUUUGAUAUCAAGUAAAAUCAGUAAGGGAUUAAAUCAAUAUGAGAUUAGAAAGGAUAUCAGUUUGUACUUCGGAGAAAGUGCCAAUCUUCAAAACCAAACCUUAACAAUAACAUUUUCAAACGAUUACAGAUCUGUCUCUAAAUCGAUUUAAUUAAAUAUUAAACCAGAUAAUGGAGGUGAUGAUGAUAAUGGUUCAAGCUCUAAAGCUUGGUGGAUCAUACUCAUUAUAGUUGGAUCUGUUGUUUUCCUAGGUUUAAUAGGAUUCUUGUUCUUUAGAAAGAAGAGAGAUCAAGAUGAUGAUUCAGAUGAUCAGGAAUCUGGAUUAAUGCAUGUAAAUUGAGUUAUACAUUAACAAAAUUAUAAUAUUAAAUCAA